AUGAUGAAGACCGCUAGAAUCCACAGCAUUGAAUUCCCCAAACCUAUUAAACCAAUUAAGAAGCCCAAUGCCUUGAGAAAAAAUGUGGUGAUGGUGGAAGCAGCUGAGAAACCAGAGGCUAUAGUGAUCCUCUUUGGUUGGUUUGGAGCCAACCUAAAGCAUGUCCAAAAGUAUACCAAGGCAUACAACGAAAACACCACAUUUAUUCGAACAGUGGCGGGUGAAAUGGAUGUUCUGACAAUCAAUAAGAGAAAUCUUACCAAUCUGGCAAUGCAGGUAGUGAAAGAAGCAGGAAAGCAUCUCAAGGCCAACCCUGGCAUUCCUCUUGUAACUCACUGCUUUUCAAAUGGAGGUGCAGUUGUGGUUGAUAGGAUCAACCAAAUCAUUGCAGCAGACACUGAAAAUGAAUCUAUUUUCUUGGUGAGGGAACAUUUGAAGCUUCAAGUCUUUGACUCUGGACCUGUCUUUCCAAAAGGAAGCAGCGUCCUAACUGCUGUUGAUGAAGGAAUUUCCAAUCCAAUUGCUAAGAAUGUGUUGAAGGUUUGUGUUUCAUCUGCUGACAGCAUAGGCUUACUUUCUGGAGGAGAGUCUUCAAAGGGUACCAAGUUUUGGAGACGAAUGAAAGAAACCAGGCUUGAGAGGUGCCGUCCAGCCCAAGCGUAUGUCUACAGCUUGGAAGAUAACAUUUGUGACAUUGAUGAUUUAAAGGAUCUUAUCUCUUACCGCAAGGAAUUGUCUCCAUGCUCAAGAAUCUCAGUGUUGGAAUUCAAGACUGGUGUUCACUGCAACCUUCUUCGGGAGCAUGAAAGUAUGUACUGUGAGUUUGUCAAGGGAUUGGUGAAGAACAUUCAAAUGGCAUCAUAA